GCGAAUCGCGAGACGGCGAGAGAACCCCCGGAGUCGCGGGAGCAGUCCAAAGUCCAAACCCCACCUAGUGGUUGAGCGGGAGUCCUCUACUCCUCUCCAAUCCCGUCGGCGGCGUGCUGCCUCCAACAACCAGUCAACCACACCGAUCUUGAGGUUGAGGAGCUUCUCCUCGGCCUCGAGUUCUGGCCUCGGCGACGGCGAUGGCGGCGGGGCUCGAGGCGGUGGCGGGGCGUCUCCUGGCGGCGGUGGACUGGGAGCGCGAGGCCUACCCGGCGUACGAUGACUUCCUUGUGCUCCCCUUGUUCGCCCUCUUCUUCCCGACGGCACGCUUCCUCCUCGAUCGCUUCGUCUUCGAGAGGGUUGCAAGGAAACUGAUGUUUGGGAAGGGACAUGAAAAGGCUGAUCAAGAAGUAGAUCAGACAAGAAAGAAGAUGAGAAAAUUCAAGGAGUCGGCUUGGAAGUGCAUUUAUUUCCUAUCUGGAGAGCUUUUAUCUUUAUCAGUCACAUGUAAUGAGCCUUGGUUCACAAACACCAAGUAUUUUUGGAUUGGACCUGGAGAACAUGUCUGGCCUGAUCAAAAGAUAAAAUUGAAACUUAAGGCUGUCUAUAUGUAUGCUGCUGGAUUCUACACAUAUUCAAUAUUUGCACUUAUGUUCUGGGAAACAAGGCGUGCAGAUUUUGGCGUGUCAAUGUCGCAUCAUGUUGCAACAGUUGUGCUGAUAAUUUUAUCUUAUGUAUUCAGGUUUGCUAGAGUUGGUGCAAUAGUAUUGGCAAUUCAUGACGCGAGCGACGUGUUCUUAGAAAUAGGGAAGAUGUCCAAGUAUAGCCAUUGUGACUGGCUUGCUAAUGUGGCAUUUCUUCUUUUUGUUGUUUCGUGGGUUGUUCUCCGCCUCACAUAUUUUCCGUUCUGGAUUCUCAGAAGUACGAGCUAUGAAGUUUUGUUAACUCUGGAUAAGAAGAAGCACAAUUUUGAAGGGCCUAUAUAUUACUAUGUGUUCAAUUCUCUUUUGUUUGCACUACUUGUUCUUCACAUAUAUUGGUGGGUUCUAAUAUAUCGGAUGCUUGUGAGACAAAUUAAGACAAGGAAUGUUGGAGAUGAUGUUCGAUCUGACUCUGAAGACGAAGACGGGCAUGAAGAUUGACUGUUGUAACAUGUUGUUUGGAUGUUGCCCUGAUGAUAUAGGAGAACAUCAACACCAACAUGGCAACAUCCCAGCUUAAUCAUGUAGUAUUCUUUUUCCUGAAUUGUGGGAAUAUGUGCAGAUUGUUGGAGGAUUGAGCCUCAUGAGAUAUGUUUAGAGCCGAACGGUGAUCUGUUCCGUGUUGGUAGCCCAUUUGUGUCUUCAUGUAACCUGCACUUCAAACCUACACUUUAGCUGACAUGAUCACAGAAGCUGUUCUUCGACCGCUCGGUCUGUAGAUUUUAAAAUGUGCAACGGAAGUGUUGUACUGUCAAUUAUGUAAAGAACUUUUUGAAUCAGUCAAAUGGAAAUUUGGAUCAUACGGAGUA